AUGCUGCAUUUAGAAAUCAAUGGUAUGAGACAUCAAGUGAUUAGUGGUAUGGGACAUCAACUAACCAAUAGUAUGGGGCAUCAAGUGAUCAAUGGUAUGGGACAUCAAGUGAUCAACAGUAUGGAACAUCAAGUGAUCAACAGUACUGGAUAUCAAUCUCUAGAGAAGUUGCAGUGGAAAAUACCAUAUUGCAAGAUGAAGCUUGGAAUAUCAUCUAAUAUGGUUCUGUUGGGUUUUCUCUACUUUGUACAGGGGCUCCCUUAUGGCUUUCAAACUGGAUUCAUGCCUGUAUACCUCCGUCAACAAGGGAUUUCACUCAGUGACAUCACAUUCUACAAACUGCUUUCAUUACCUUGGUUGUGUAAGGCUCUCUGGGCACCAUUAGUUGAUAAAUAUAGCACAAAACGGAAGUGGUUAAUCUACAGUAUGAGUUGCCUUGUGCUUACGUGUGCUAUAGGUACAAUCGUGACACCUAAAUAUAUCAUCAUGCUAUGCGUCGUGAUUGUUUUACUGAAUCUGUUUGUAUCCAUACAAGACAUUGCAGUUGAUAGUAUUGCGUUAGAAAUCCUAUGUGAUCAUGAACUAGGUCUAGGAAACACUAUCCAAGUCGUUGGUUAUAAACUAGGGUCUAUUUGUGGUGGAGGAAUCCUCGUAAUUCUUGCUGAUUAUUUAGGAUGGGGUGGAAUGUUUCUCAUAUUAGCCGUGAUUUACUUAGAAGCUGUGUUUUUCACUUACUUCUUGCCUAAAUUACGCCAUCUAGAAGCUCUGCAACUGUUGACGGCAGAAAGUGCCGAAAGUGGAACGAGCAACGCAGCAACACCAUUACUUAGUGAUGCAGAUAGUGAGAAUACGGCAUCCCCUUUACUGAACAAUGACAUACAGAAUCAAGAGCAUCAAAGUACAACUGAUAACGCUGAAAGUGAUAAUGUGUUUUAUCAAAGAAAACUACUGACUAAACCAGCUGCUGAUUCGAAACAUUUACGAGAUCUAACACGGACAGAGUCCUCCGAGGAUGAGGAAACUAUAGAUAUAAGUAGGCUGACACAUAGUUAUGUGCAACCAAGUGAAAUGAAAGACUGGAGGAAUAAAUUCAAGUUCCUUCAAGACAUCUGGGAUUCUCCAGGGACACGCUGGAUGAUGGGAUUUGUGCUCAUAUAUAAAUUAGGUGAACAAGGUGCUGUUGGAAUGUUUCCACUAUUCCUAGUAGAUAAAAAAUUCUCCACCACAGAUAUAGGAUUCUGGACUGGUGUCAUAGGUCAAACUAUUUCCAUAUUUGGAUCUAUAUUUGGAGGAUGGAUAAUAUCUCGCUUCAACUGGCCACCAUGGGAUGUGCUUUACCAGUUCUGUCUUCUGCGGUUCAUUCCUCUUGGGAUGCAACUCUGGCUCAUCUCAGUGUGGACGUGGGGGAUCGUCAACAAAAAUAUAUUAUUUUAUUCAGGUGCCAGUGCAAUGUGCUUGCUGCUGUUCAUAGGUGGCGUUAUAACCACUGCAACAUUCACAUUCAUGAUGCAAUGCUCACAAGAGGCCCCAAAGCCUAUCCAAGCCACACAUUACUCAACAUUAGCUACAAUGGAAGUACUGGGAAAACUGGUGUUCACCUCCAUUAGUGGAUAUUUAUGUGAUAUAUUUGGCUAUGGAUUAGUCUACUUCCUCUUUAUCGGACUUGCCCUGACUGUAUUGCCAUAUCUCAACAAAGUUCCAGAGGUUUUACUUCCGUAUGUAAAUUACAAUGAAGUUGACGAUAAAAUGCAAUAGUAGUAUAUAGGGAUGAAUCUCAGCAUUUACAUUAAGUAUUCAGUAAGCAUGUUUUAUCUUUUAAAAAUUCUAUUUUCGGUG